AUGCCGGGGGCUUAUGCCUCCCUGGAGACCCCUGCCUUGGGGGGCUUCAGUUGUGCUCACCUGGGUUUUGGCUUCCUGUGUGCGGCUCUUGCUUGCCUUGCUCCCCAGCGCUGGUGGGGGAGCUCCCUGCGGGCUCGGGGGGGCUCUGGGGAUGGGUUGCAGGAUGUUCUCAGCCUGGGGGAGCCCCCAACCCCUUUGCCUUGGACCCUGGGGGAGGUCUGGGGGGCUCAGGGAAGGUUGAGGGAUGGUUUGGGGAAUUGGAGAAGGUCUGUGGGGUUUGGGGAGGGCCCUGGGGCUCUGGGAGGGUCCCAGGGUUUCUGUGGGGCCCCUCCCCUUUGCCCCAGGGAUCUCCCUUUGGCAGGGGACCGGCCAGAUCCUGUUUUGUGUGGGAACAGAAGGGACAAGGAAUUAGCCCCAGUAUUAUCGGAGCCAGGAAGGGCUUUACCAUCACCGGCGAGCGCAGAGAGCCCGGGAGCAGGUUUCCACAGGGAGCACCGAGGGGUUCCCAGCUGCCCUCGGCCCCGCGCUGAUGGAGCCAAGAUUCGGCUGAAUUUGAUCCGGGGGAAUCACCGGCCAAAUCCCAGCCGAUGGCAGGCGUCCCUCUGGCUCGCCAGCCCCCAUGGUGAUGGGGAGGGACAACAGCGGGUCCUGCUGACGUCCCCCAGGGUCGAGCCGGGCUGCGGCCAAUCUGCGGGAAACGCUCCGUGUCACCGUGUCAAAUGGACUCACGAGGUAUCGGUGACAAGUCACAGCACACUGUGCCCGGCCCAGGCGUUCCUCAGCUCUGCCAUUGACGAGCUCCUGGCCCUGGAUCCAAAAAUUAUAGUUUUGUGGAUCUCUCCGGGCACGCAUGGGGUUGCACACAAAGAAAUCUGCCUUUUUAUAGCUUGGGGAAGUGUGGGUGAUGCCAUCAGCAUUCGCGUCUCAUUUCUGGCUGCGGCAUCCCUGUUCCCGCCAGACAAUCGGAAAAAUACUGUUGCGACACGCGGUCAGGGCGGUGGAUCAGGCUUCCUUCUGGCUGCUUAAAACACCCCUCGAAACAGGCUGGGUGGAUUUUUUUGGGUGACAUCUUGCUAAUCUGUGGCAGCUGCUUUUCUGGAGCGACGUUUCUAAUUAAGGCAGGCCCAAAAAUCUUCUGAAGUGAGCUGUGCCGUCACCGCCGCCAAGUUAUUUUCGCGCCCUAAAGAUCACCGCGCUCGUCCCACGUGAGAGGUUUUGUACUUUAACACGGUGAACCCUUCCCGCGUGGCACGCCGCGCGUGCUUCGGUACAUCAGUUGAAUGGCACUUCCUAUCUUUAGCCGGGGUAUUUCGAUAGCGGGUUGACAGUUCUCGACCCGCUCACCGGUCUCACCGCAGUGUCGAAGCUCAGUUAGUUACCCAGCGCAGAGGGUUUCUUAUCAGCUUGGAGCUAGGCACUAGCCGAGGGCAAUGCUGCGGCCAGGUCUUCAUGGUGUGUGCAGAGCUACAGGGCCGAGCCCCACCGUUUGAGAAGGAUCUCAGAUGCUUUUUGAUGUCAGCCUCAAGUGGUUGUGGAGAGCACAAACAAGGUGGUGAGAGGGCUGGAAGGCAUGUCCUGGAAUCACAGGCUGGUUAGAGCUGGGAGGGACCUUAAAAAUCAUCGUCCCAUGGGCAGGGACACCUCCCUCCAGCCCAGGUUGCUCCAAGCCCCGUCCAACCUGGCCUUGAACCCCUCCAGGGAUGGGGCAGCCACAGCUUCUCUGGGCAGCCUGGGCCAGGGGCUCACCCCCCUCACAACAAACAAUUUCUUCCCAAUAUCUCAUCUCACUCCCCCCCUCUUCCAGUCUAAAGCCAUUACCCCUCGUCGUAACAUAGAACCUUACAAUUACGUAGGUUGGAAGGGACCUUUCAGAUCAUCGAGUCCAACCAUCAACCAAACUCUGACAAAACCCGCCACUAAACCAUAUCUCUAAGCACUGUCUACCCGUCUUUUCAAUACCCCCGGGGAUGGCGACUCCACCCCUGCCCUGGGCAGCCUGUCCCAAUGCUUGACAACCCUUUCGGGGAAGAAAUUUGUCCUAAUAUCCAUCCUAGACCUCCCCUGGGGCAACUUGAGGCCGUUUCCUCUUGUCCUGUCGCCUGUUCCUUGGGAGAAGAGACCAACCCCCCCUGGCUGCCCCCUCCUUUCAGGGAGUUGCAGAGAGCGAGGAGGUCUCCCCUCAGCCCCCUUUUCUCCAGGCUGAACCCCCCCCAGCUCCCUCAGCUGCUCCUCACAGGAUUUGUGCUCCAGACCCCGCACCAGCUCCAUUGCCCUUUCCUGCACCCUGCUAAAGGCAGUCCCCAUCCUUCUUUUGAAGGACCUCCAGGGCUUCCUGGAGCCUUCUCCACCCCAGUCCCAGCUUUUCCUCAUGGCAGAGGUUCCCUGUGUUUGGCCCCGGGCUGUGGAGCUGGGAGGGGGAACGGGCAAUAAAGAGCUGGGUUUUCCAGGCACUUUUGG